GUCUUGCACGACCACGAGAGCCUCAACGACUUCGACGCUCGCGUCACUGAGCAUCACCGGGAAGCGAUCUCCUUCGCCUUGCACAAGCAUUUCCCCAAAGCGAGGACGCUACUGGUCGUGGAAGAUGACAUGGAGGCAGCACCGGAUGGAACGUGGACUUGGAGGUAAAUCGCCCCGGCCGCUAUGCCCACAGCUUCAACAACGCCUUGCUGCGGCUGCUGUGCGCUCUGCGCCAGGGCGAGGCAUGCCGCUCAUACUGGCCCACCAUAAGAUGGGUCUGCAAAAGGCGCUGGCAGAUGUCCCAGAGUUUCGUGGUAUAUUAGCCCAGGGCUCCGUUCAACGGGGAACCUCCAUCGAAGACUGGGGUGGCUUCGAGUGGGGUCCUGCAACUGCCAGCGACCUCGAUUUUGUGGUGCUCUUUGGUGGUGAGGCCACAGCCGAGCACCUCUGUCGGCUCAAGGACAUGUUAGGGGGGCAGUCGGCUGAGAAAUCUUCUCUGCAGCCAGGGCGCUAUGGGCUGCAAGUGGACUUGCCGCUUCAUGAAGGUGCCAGUAUCUCCGUCGACAUUAUACCGGCAGUUGCAGAUCCGCAAGGCGGUCACUGGAUUUGGGACUCCGUGAAAAAGCAGCUUCUUCACAACAACCCUGGUGCUAUGGCCGAGCACGUAAGAGAGGCGAAUCGCAGAAACGUGGGCCUGGCAGAUGUCGUUGUCUUAUGCAAGUUCUGGAACAAGCGGAAAGCCGUGAAGUGCGAUGAUGGCCAAAAGCGGGCACUCUUCACUUCGAAUCACCUCGAGCUGCUCUUGGCCCAGAUGUCCGGGCCCCUACCUACACGCUUGGAUGAGGCCUUCCUGCAGGCUUUGGGCCACUUGCGGAGGAACCUCUUACACACGCCGGUUCCGGAGCACUGGACGGGAAAGCCGGCGGAAGAGUACCUGCGGCAUGAUUCGAAGCGCUGUGCCAACACACGCAGCUUGCUCAAGCGCCAAGGAGCCUGUUUGCAGCUCUCUUCAGAUUCGGGAGAUCCAGUUGCCUGGUUCAAAGUGCUUGGAGAUGCUGGGUGGCUGGCUGAUCCACCCGGACCUUUCCUGGAUGACGAGGAAGCGCGUGCUGACUACGUGUCUGAGAAGAGGAAUCGGAAACCGAAGUUGUGA